AUGGAGAUCCAGGGCCGCAAGCUCAGGGAUGCACUCCGCGACGCCGACAGCAGCAAGAGGUGGUGCUUCGAUCGCCGCCGCGGCUACCUCGCGGCCGGGCGGCGCCCGCCUGGCAACUUCGCGACCGCGCUAUCCUUGGCCGACGACAUUGUCGUCAAGCUGGGCCUCGACAAGGCGGCGCUAGUCGUCGUUGCGGAGGUCGAGCUCAGCUACGCCAAGAGGGAGGAGCUGCACCAGGACCAAGCUCAACUUCAAGACUGCCUAGCCAAGGCAAAGGUCAGCGUGCUCAUGCUUCGCGCUGGCUACAUCACGUCCGAGGGGCCGACCCAUUGCGACAGGCAUUCCCACUCCGCGUCGACUAUCGAUAGACUGUGGGUGAGUUGGCUUGGCUGGGCCCUCGCGCAGCUCGCGUCGCAGCCCGCGGUCGCCGACGCGCCUGGGGUUUUUGCCGGCGAGCUCAUCAGCGACCGCGCGGCACAUAAGGUGAAGUUCACUCAGCGACGUCUCAAGCCUCGUGGCGCUCCGAGGAUCCCUCGCCACAUCUUCGACUCCUUUCACUUCCAGACGCUGUCGCGCGACGUCGCCUCUCAGCUCGACUACGCGUCGCUGUCGCCGCCGAGGCAUUUGGAGCCCCACAAGUGGGUGAUUCUCGAGGUGGCCAGGGGGGCGCGCGACAGGGCCUCCAUGGCGGGCCCCGGGUCCAUUGCCGCGCUUCUCCUGCUCGCCAGGCCGAUUGGUCGCGCUGCGCGGCGCAACGACGCCGGUUUGGCCCGCGAGCUUCGGCGCCCCCGCCGCGCGGCCCACGACUUCCCCAUCGUCGCGGAGCGCGGCGUCGAGCUGCAGCGCGCCAUUUCUUGCCGGCGCUGGCGCGAGGAGGUUCAAGUGCGCAGCGCCGAGGCCUCUUCGGACGCGUCUGAUAUCGCGGCCGAGGAAGCCGCCGCGACAGCGAUGCCCAUCGCACAUUGGGCCCUUCUCUUCUCCGCCACGCCUAUCGACAAGGACAUCGCUCAGGCCUGCAUCUCGCAGCGCGCGCCCAAGCUCGAUUUCGACAAGGUUCCCCCGCCCUCUCCGGCGCUUCUGCGGCAGCUGGCCACCAAAAUGCACUACUCCGAAUCCGGCUUCGACUCUAUCCCGCGCGUUGCGCGGGCUGCCUCGGAGGUGGGCCUCGCGGUGCUUUCGGAAGCUCUGAUGCGGUUCAUGCGCGGCCAGGAGUCCAUGCGCAUGGUGUUCGCGCCGAUGGGUGCCCCCUUUGCCUCCAUCUCCGUCCUGGACCAUGGGUCCAUCCAUGCUGCUGGCACGGCGCGCUUCCUCUUCGACCUGCAGGGCCGCCUGGCGGCGCCCCGUUUUGGCCUUGCGAGGGCGUGCGCCGACGACAUCGGCUGCGUCGUUCGUUCCAUCCGCUCCCUCGGCAUUCUUGAAGAUGUCAUGCAGAUAGCGGCUGCCGUCGCGACGCUCGCCCUCAAGCUCGGUCGCGCCCUCGCGGCCUCGGCCCCGUUCUUCUCCUCCACCCCGGUGGUCAGCACCCUGAUCUACCUCGGCCUCGUUCUCGGCCCCGCGGCGGACGACGGCUCGCGCCGGCGAGCCCCCCGCUUGAAGGUCAAGCUGCGCCCCGCGAGGGUUGGGCGCAGCGCGCUCGCUGUCUCGCGGCGGGCUAACAACUGCGCCAUGAGGAUCACCCCCGUGCUCUCGCACGUAGACCAGUACCGCGUGAUGCCACGAUGUCUUCUACGCGAAGAACUCGUCGCCCUCUCGCGCCCUUUCAUGGUCCCCCUCGGCGUCUUCAACUUGACCGCGUGGCUUGCCUCGGUCGCGUUCCCUGCUCUGACGGAGGACGGCCGCUCCGUUGGGCCGCGUGGGCGGCGGGGCCGCAUCCUCGCCGACCUGCGCGGAUGCUUUAUGGCCUGGGCCGUCGCCUACCUCGAGACGGUCGCGAACGAGUGGGCAACGACCCCGUUCGACUGGCGCGUCGAGUUCUUCCGUUGGGUCCACGUGUUUCAUGGGCCUUGGCCCGGAGAGAGCGUGGCAGCACUCGCGGCGGUCCCGUGCGUUGAGGCGCCCGGCGAUUCCGAACUGACAGUGGACUGGUCGACAUUUGACGACAUCUUCUCGCACGACGGGGCAGUCGUGCGCACCCUCGUGGAUCUACGCGAGGAGCCCGCCGAUGACGAGAUGCUGCUCGACGACCUCCCGCUGGAGGACAGCAACCCCGCGAACGUGACGGCGUAUUUCGGCGAGCUGGAGGGCGAUGGCUCCUUCGAUGAGGAGACGGACCCCGUCUUCAUGGACCUGGCCGCUGCCUCGUCCGAUUUCGGCGUGCCCACCUGGGGCGGCGCGCCCUGCCUUGACGACGACCCAGCCGACAAUUUCGCCUUCAUAAGCGAGGUGAACAUGCUGGACAACGACGCCGUCGCCUCCGCGAGCGGCGACCCCCCUGCCCCGAGCGGCCCCGCGGGCCCUGCGGCGGGCGCAAGCGGCCCCUGGGGGGGCCGGCAUCGCCCCACGGAGGCCCGCGGGCGGCCGCCCAUGGGCGGCCCCGUGGCCCCGCCGCCACGGGAGCCAGACCAGUCUCCAGCGGCGCACAGGCCGCCUUCCAGGGCAGCCGCGCAGACGCCGGUCUUCCCCACCAGGGCGGAGCCCCAGGCGGCUGAUGGCCGAGGCAAAGGCGGGGCCGCCAGCCCAGGCCCCGCCCCUGGCCCCGCGGGCGGCGGCCACCGCUGGAGGCGGGUCCACCAGCCCAUCCCGGAGGUGGUUGGGUGCGAGGACCGAUGCCGCGCCGCCGGUGGACCCGCUGUUCCUGUGGAUGGAGGAGACGAGCCCGCAGAGGCCCCCCCCGCCGGCGGCCUCGGCGGCAGCCUCGCCGGCGGCCUCGGCGGUCUGAGGGGCGCGCGCGCUGCCGGCGGCGGCCUGGACAGCCCGUCCGCCUCCUCGUCGCGGAGCGCCGCGCGCUCUGCCGGCGGCAGCACCGCGCGCUCGGCCGCCGGCAGCAGCUGCUCCACGCGGGCGUCCACGGAGCCGGCGCCGCCCGCGGCGCCCCCGGGGCCUGGGGCGGGCGAGGCAGGCCGCGAGAGGGCCAUCCGCGGCGGGGUGGACCCCCAGACCGGCGUGUACCUCGAGAGGCAGGAGAAGGCCAAUUGCGGGCUGCACUGCGUGAACAACCUGCUGCAGGGGCCUUUCUUCGACGAGGACUGCUUCAGGAUGGUGGCCAGGAAACUGGACGAGAAGGAGCGGGAGAUCACCGGCGGCAGCGGCCUGGACAACGGCAACGCCCUCAGGGACGGCUGGUUCAAUGUGCAGGUGAUGCAAGCGGUGCUCCUCUGGAUCGGGUACGACAUGGUGCCGUUCCACGCGUGGACCGUCGCCUUCGACAAGAAAGACGGCGCGUAUAUCCUGAACAGGAAGGAGCACUGGUUCGCGCUGAGGCGUAUCAGCCAGGAGUGGUUCGAGCUGAACAGUGUCUACGAGACGCCGCGCGCCCACACAGAGGCAGAGAUCAGAAUGAAGGUUUGCUCUGCGGCGCGCGAGGGGUAUUCCGUCUUCGUGGUGCGCGGCGACUUCUCUGAGAGUGGCAAUGGUCCCUGCGAGGAUGGGAAGAAGACCGCGUCGUCCAGCAGUAGCCGCACCCGGCGGUGCUGGCCAGAGUCCAAGCCAUUCAAGGAGAUGCUUUACGAUUUGGUCGCGGACUCUUUGGUCACCCUGUGGUGUUUUUGGAUAUACUUCUUCAGUGCCCAAAAGUUCCACCACCACAGGGAUAUCUACCCCUGGGAGUUGCGGUUGCUGUGCUCCAGGUCUGCUUGGAGGCGUUGGCGGCGACAAUGUGCAGAUGCGUUGCCAACGUGUUGUUGCCGUGGCCGAGGCAGAAGCGGCUCGCAUAGUCCGCAGGAAAGCGACGCCCCUGCGAAAGCGACCGGCGACGGCGCUGGCUGCGGGCUUAGCGAAGGUGGAUGCACAGCGCCGUCGUUGCGCGACCGCCCCGCUGGAUUCACUGUGGACGAUAUUCGGCGAUCCUUCAACCUUGACCUCAUUCGUAGCAGAGUGGCGCAGGAGGAGCCCCGCACUCAACCGCAGGCGUCGCAUGGAGGGCGGCCAUGGCGACCACGCGAGAGGCGGCCAGCGCUCGUGGUGAUGCAAGCACUUCUCCUGCUCACGCUGUGGUGCGGUGGGGCAGCUGCCUGGCUGCACAAGGACGGUCUUGAGUUCCUGACGGAACAGGUGGGCCUGGAGACCAUGGCGCAGGGGCAGACUCUGCUCCUCACCCACACAGGCUGCCUGGACCGUCGAAUGGAGGCGUGGCGCUGGCUGUCGUACCAGUUCACAGUCACGGGCAUGGGUCGGUUGGGCGUCCAGGUGUCGCUGCUGGUGCUGAGCGGGGUGCCCAUAGAAACAUCCUUCGGCCACGUGGCCGUGCUCGUCACUUUCUACAUCGGCCUCGUGGCUGGCGGGCUGGGCCACCUGGUGGUGGAUGCUCACACCGAGGGGUUUUCGGACAUGGUCGGAGGCUGCGCGUGCUUCGUUGGCGUGCACAUGGCGAACUUGGCCAUGAACUGGACGGAGUGCGAGUUUCGAAAGUUCGACCUCGUCAGCAUCGUCAUCAUGCUGGCGAUCUUGAUGCUGAGCCUUGACUGGGAGCAGUCGUCCGGUCUGGCCGUGAGCGCUGCUGCUCCCCUCGCGGGCCUCGCUGCUGGGCUGUGUGUGGGCGCAGCCAUCUGCAGCUGUACUCGCAGUGCGAGGGCCCUGCUGCUGCGCGGCGCCGUGAUUCUGCUGGGCGCGCUGCUGGCAAUCGCGGCAGCGUACUGGACCGCGCUGUGGCCGCCCCGGACGAUCCUCGACCCCACACCAUGGUGCUGGGCCAGGCAGGUGCAGAACCGCACACUGUUCGGGGACAACGGGUAUCACUGCGUGAGGUGCGGCAGCCAGGAAUGUAUUGACAAGUGGUCUCAGCAAAGGGAGAUCGCGACAGUCGACUACAAGGCCUGUGACAGCAUUGGGGGGUUCCACGCUUCAGAGCGCUAG